GGCGGCAGUGCUCCAGCAGGCACUAGGCACUCCAGUCCCAGCGAGCGAGCGGGCGAGAGCCACAGCGCUCCGAGCGAGGCGAGGGGGGCUCUGGGCUACCUGGGACUCUCUUUGUGACACCCCAGCACACAAACACUCCGACAGGGACAGAGGAAAAACACAUAAAGAGCUCCAACAUGGGAGGCAAACUGAGCAAGAAGAAGAAGGGAUACAGUGUCAAUGACGAAAAAGCUAAAGACAAAGACAAGAAGGCUGAAGGAGCAGCAGCUGAGGAAGAGGAGACUCCAAAGGAGGCUGAGGAUGCCCAGAAAACCACAGAGACCACAGAAGUGAAGGAGAACAACAAGGAGGAGAAGGGAGAAAAGGAUACUCAGGUCACUGCCAAUAAGACGGAAGAAAAAGAAGGGGAGAAGGAGAAAACAGUGACCCAGGAAGAAACCCAGAAAACAGAACCUGAGAAGUCAGAGGCUGUUGUCGAUGCAAAAGUAGAGCCACAGAAGAACGCCGAACAGGCACCCAAGCAAGAGGAGCCGACUGCUGCCUCUGCUCCUGCUGCCAGUAGCGAAGCACCCAAACCCUCUGAGCCUAGCACCGAUGCAAAAGCUUCCCAGCCUUCAGAAGCCACAGCUCCCAGUAAAGCAGAUGACAAGAGCAAAGAGGAAGGGGAAGCCAAAAAGACUGAGGCUCCCGCAACGCCUGCAGCCCAAGAAACUAAAAGUGAAGCGGCCCCAGCUUCAGACUCAAAACCUAGCAGCAACGAGGCUGCGCCCUCUUCCAAGGAGCCCGCGGCAACAGCAGCACCUAGUUCCACUGCUAAGGCCUCGGACCCUGCAGCCCCUCCAGAGGAAGCGAAACCUUCUGAAGUUCCAGCCACUAAUUCGGAUCAAACCAUAGCAGUGCAAGAUUAAAUUGGACAGCCUGUUGAAACAACCACUUAAAACAACCUGUGUCUUUUUUUUAUUUUUUCAGCUAUACUAACUCGUUUCAGAUCUGAAAUAGCGAAUAUGUAUUGCCCAGAAAAGAAGGAGAAAAAAAAAAAAAAGAGAAAAAAGUGAAAAGGAUGUCCCAUCAAGUUGGGAGGGAGGGAGGGGGGAGAAUCCAAAUAGUAUUUUUGUGGGGAAAUAUCUAAUAUACUUUCUGCCAACUUGACACAAGUCCUGGAUUGAAAUAAAUAAAUAAAUAAAUGGAUGUCUGAAAGUACAGCACAUCUUUUGUAUCUGAACUGCUGUAAAUGCACUCCACCAGUGUAUCAAAAUCUUCUUUUUGUUCUGUAAUGGGGUUUGGGAGUGAUGCGUUUGAUUCUGCCCACUAGGUUUGUGCCAAGGCAAUCAGAUCUUUAUGAAAGCAGUAUUUUCUGUGUUUUUUUUUUUAUUUUAUUUACAGCCUUUCUUAUUUUGAUAUUUUUUUUAUGCAGUGGAUGAAUGCCAACUUUCAGACAAAACCCACUUAGCUGUCCACAUAUUUCUCAAUGCCAAUCCUCCAAUUCUUCCUCUCCAAAUAUUUUUUGGGAGUAAAAAGCAUUCUCAUCCUACUUAGCCUACCUAGAUUUCUCAUGACGAGUUAAUGCAUGUCCGUGGUUGGGUGCACCUGUAGUUCUGUUUAUUGGUCAGUGGAAAUGAAAAAAGUCUGCGUUCAUUGCAGUUCCAGUUUCUCUUCCAUUCUGUGUCACAGACACCAACACACACUCAUUGGAAAACAAAUGAAAAAACAAAAUGUACAAUGGAUGCAUUGAAAUUAUAUGUAAUUGUAUAAAUGGUGCAACAGUAAUAAAAGUUAAAUAAUUUAAAAAAUAUAUAA